AAUGGGCGUGUACAGGAGCGCAGAUUCGGCACCAGAGACUGAUGACCUGAGCAGGAGACGCUCUUUGAGACUUGAUGACAAUAAUCUGUCGAAUAUAGCUUGGGAAAAGCCGUGAACAGAAGCUUUAAAUGUUCAAGAUGACGACCACCACCAAUUUCCAAGGCAUGGACCCGACCGCGAGGAGCAGCUCCAGAGUGCUGCGUCCACCAGGUGGAGGUUCAAACAUCUGCUUUGGCACAGAUGAAGAGAAACCUGUGAAAAAAAAUAAAAUGGCAUCUAGUAUAUUUGCCGAACCUGAGGACCCUCAUGCACAUCGAAGGAACAAUCCACCAGGUGGGAAGCCUACAGGUGUGUUGUGUGGAGAACCAUCUGCCCCUCUCAGAAGAUGUACUGCUCAACCAGCCAACCAAAGUAACACCACAGUCGAAAAUAACGUACCCGUGAAUGGUGAGGAAGACUCAAUCACUGUUGAACCUAUUCAGGAGCAGGAUGACACACCAGCUCCACCUUGCCUCUCUGCAACAGAACAGCCUGCAGCUGGGGUUCCUUCUGGCCGUAGAAACCCACCAGGGGGCAAAUCCUCUCUCAUCUUAGGCUAAAGAUUUGCCUCACUUAAGGAUAAGAUCUGGGCCUAUGUGAAAUGAGCAUCUCAGAGUAAAUGUGCUGUUCUGUGGUCAGUGCCCAUCCUCUGCAUAACUGUAUUCAUAAAAUGACAUAAGCCACAAAGAACAGAUUAAGAUCAGGACAGUUUAGACAGAGAAGCGUGCCACAAAUCUCUGAGCUGUGAUUUGUUCAAAGAAUACCUGUGAAUGUGUUAAGUGUUGGUCACUCAGUCAUACCUUGACUAAGAUCAGACUCUUAAGGAAAAACAGAUCCCGGGUAUGCACUGCUACUCUCAGAUACUGCAAACCAUAGGCCAAAAUAUGCCAUCAAAGUUCUCCAGUCAUUUUUUUUUUUCAUCGAUUGUAAGCCUAUGAAAUGUCUCCCUUACUCAGUGUUAGUCUCUCUUUUUUUAUGUGUUAAGUUUUUGUCAGCACUUUAUGAACUGUGGUGCCCAAUUUGUGGUGCCUCAGGCCUGCUGGUUAAGACACAAGGUUUGAAUAAUUCCAUGUCACAUCCAUUACUGAAAAAAAAAGUCUGAAACAUUUGUAGAUGUAAAGAAAAAAAGCAUUAACCUUGAUUUACUGAUUGCUGAAGAGAUAUUUAAUACAAAAGAACAACAAAAACACAAUUACACAUACAUUAAAGAGUUAAAAGAGCAACAAACAUGAGAGUGCAAUGAAAUAUUACCUUCUAGUCACAAACAGGUGUGCCAGAAAAGGUGCAUGUGAGCAAGCUGUUAUUUAUUUGUGUUUGUUAAAAAAGCUAUGAAACGUACAAAAAUACAAACAACAGCCACAGUGUACAGUCAUUGCAUCUGAUCUGUGAUCAAGUAGUCCAGAUUCAACAAAAACAUUUAAAGUUCUUAUUGCCUUAUUAUUUUUGACGUAUGCCAAAAAGGUGCUGUAUUAUUAUUCUUUGACUCCUUGGAGGAAGUGUGCA